ACAAGAGUUUGAACGACAUAAAGUCCAACAUCUUCUGAUUAAAUUCCUCACCCUCAAAAACUACAGAGCGCUCCUUUAAAAAGUUCUUACAGCCGUGAUUUUGGGGCCAGGAACUAUAAAAACAUCCAAGCGUGAUGAUUCACUGCAGGACUGUUGUACUGCUCUGAUACUCUAAAGGCCUGUUAACUGGACAUACAACAGUUUCACCGUGUUUCCCUGCACCUGCUGAAACUCUUUGUGUUUUAUUCACUCACACAUCAGUUUCAUCUCACAGAGCAAAGAUGCAGUGGAGUCUGGUUCUGCUCACUCUGAUGGGUCAGUGCCUCUUCCUCGUGUGGCCCCUCCACGUCUACUACUUUAUUGAUGAGCGAAUGACAUGGAAGAAUGCCCAGAGCUAUUGCAGAAAAAACUACACUGAUCUGGCCACAGUGUAUGACAUGAAUGACACACAGAGACUCAGUGAGUCAGUGAGGACUGGGGAAGCCUGGAUUGGGCUGCACAUCAAUGAAAGCCAAGAAAACAUGGUGUGGCACUGGUCUCAGCCAGGGGUGGAGGUCACUGAAUGCUUUUGGGAUAACGAUCAACCAAAUAAUCAACCAAUUAAUACCGAGAACUGUGUGAUGAUCAACAAAAAUAAUAAAUGGCACGAUGAAAAGUGCAGCGUCAGCCGUGCAUUCAUCUGCUAUGACAAGGAGCAAUACAAUGACACAUACGUAAUUCACCAUGAUAAGAAGAACUGGUCAGAGGCUCAGAGGCACUGCAGAGAAAAGCACACUGACCUGGUCAGUGGACUCGUUCAGUUGCAAGACAAUAAUCUCAUGAGUGAGAUACAGAAAUUUGAGGUCGACUUCUGGUGGAUCGGCCUGUUCAGAGACAGCUGGAGGUGGUCAGAUGGGAGUAAUGCCUCUUUCAGAAACUGGAAGUCAUUUAAAGAUGACAACAGUAAGAAAUGUGCUGUGACUCUGCUGCCAAGUCAAAAAUGGGAAUCUCGUGCUUGUGAUCAGAAAAGACCCUUCUUCUGCUAUAGAGGAGAAAACAUGAUCCUCAUCAACGAGCCAAAGACAUGGGAGGAAGCCCAGAGGUAUUGCAGAGAAAACUACACUGAUCUGGCCACAGUGUAUGACAUGAAUGACACACAGAGACUCAGUGAGUCAGUGAAUACAGAUAAAGCCUGGAUUGGGCUGUACAGCGUCCCAGGAAAAGACAACAGGGUGUGGCACUGGUCUCAGCCAGGGGUGGAGGUCACUUGGAAAGAGUUUUGGGCUGUCAGUCAACCAAAUGAUCGCGGUGGUAGUCAGAACUGUGUGGCGAUGGAUCGCAAUGGAUGGAAUGACCGCAAAUGCUGUCGCGACUUUGCAUUCAUCUGCUAUGAUGAGGAGCAAUACAAUGACACAUACGUAAUUCACCAUGAUAAGAAGAACUGGUCAGAGGCUCAGAGGCACUGCAGAGAAAAUCACACUGACCUGGUCAGUGGACUCGAUCAGUUAUUAGACAAAAAUUUCAGAAGUAAGAUACAGAAUCACGGGAACAGCUUCCACUGGAUCGGCCUGUUCAGAGACAGCUGGAGGUGGUCAGAUGGGAGAAAUGCCUCUUUCAGAAACUGGAAGUCAUUUAAAGAUGACGACAGUAAGAAAUGUGCUGUGACUCUGCUGCCAAGUCAAAAAUGGGAAUCUUGUGCUUGUAAUCAGAAAAGACCCUUCUUCUGCUACAGAGAAGAAAACAUGAUCCUCAUCAAAAAGAGCAAAACGUGGGGAGAAGCCUCAGACUACUGCAUACAGCAUCACCGUGGCCUGGUGUCCAUCACUGACCCCUCCCAGCAGAGAUGGGCAGCAGAGAAAGCCAAGGAGGCCAACACUGACUACGUCUGGCUGGGACUGCGCUACACCUGCGUUCUGGAUUUGUGGUUCUGGGUCAAUGACGAGCUGCUCUGCUAUAAGAACUGGGCCUCAGGUGAAGAGCCUGUUGAGGGCUGUGAUAGGGCUGUGGCCAUGAGCAGAGGAGGUGGAAACAAGUGGCACACAAAGAAUGACACUGAGAGCUUUAAUUUCAUCUGUGCUUUACGCUGAGUUACGGCGUACACAACACUAACAGCGUGUACCGUCUGUUAUUCAUUAAAGGGGCUCUAUGUGACAAUUUGAACGUUUUGUUUAUGGUCGUAUGAGGGAGGAUUGUAACGUAGUGUGAAAAGUGAGACCUCCUCCGUCUCUCUGUUGCCUAUACGAGCCUGUGGUCGACUUGAUAAAGUUGUUUAAUGUCGCUGGACCGUGAAUUUCUUUGUGAAGGACAGAAUUUCCGUGGCUGUCUAUAGGAUGCGACUCUAUGCACGUUCUCGAGCCCGUCGUCUGAGUGAGCAACAGUGGCUGAUGUUAGUUCAGAAGUGGUUCCACAGAGCUCUUUUAACAAAUUUGGUACAGAUCAUGGUACAUUUGUAACACUAAACCAGUAGUGUGAAUCUUUUACCAACCUUGUAAUUUUCUUUGGAGUAAUAAUUAUGAAGUGUGGAUCUUUUAUUGUCCUUUAAUUUCUUUGGUAUAAUAAUCAGGAAGUGUGGAUCUUUUAUUGUCCUUUAAUUUCUUUGGUAUACUAAUUAUGAAGUGUGGAUCUUUUAUAAACCCUCAUGCAACUGAUAAAAACAAAAAAAACUAAAACUAAAACUCAGACUGCAUUUUGUACAUAAAUUGCCGUAAAAAUACUUUAAUAUUGUUUUCACCUUUCACUUGGGUUCAUGUUCCAUCCAACAUCAGUCCCGAUAAUAACUAACAAAUGUUCAUUACAUUUUGAGGAUUUUAACCCUUGAGGCCACUGUUUUACAAAAGAAGAUAAAAAAAAGAAUAGAUAAUAAUAAUAAUAAUAAUAAUAAUAAUAAUAAUAAUAAUGUUAUUUUUCUAAGGGAACUGGCAUGUAUUUGACCAGAUAAUACAGUUAAUUACUGUAUUUAGUGUAAAACUAUAAAAACCUACGCAGAACUCAUCCAGGACCACAGACUGAGAGACUGAUUGUUGAAAUUUAAAAGACAAAAAUAACAACACACAUUUUGCCAAAAUGUAUGCAAUAUGCAGUCAUACAGUUGAAAUGAUCCAACAAAGCCCUUUAAAAAGCAUUAAAUGCAUCAACAGUUGCACGAGGGUCAAUCCUUUGAUUUCAUUUAUUUUUUGUAUAUUAAAUCAGCUAAAUGUAACUUCCUGGGAGACACAGUUGACUGCUGAGUCUCCUCCCCAGGUUGUCAGAUACUGGUGUUUUGGGUUGGCUUUAAUGUAUGUUUAUGAGGAUAAAUAUGAAAACACAAUGUACGCUAUAUUGUUUGUGGUGAAAAUGUUCUACUUUUUGGUCCAGAUCUGGUGACGGUUACAUUACGUAAAAACCCGUUUUUGACAUGAUUCCAUUUUUAUACUGACUGAUUCUCUCUGAAUAAACCGUUGA